GCUAAACUGGAUACCAUACCCUGCAGCAAGUCUACGGACAUUGAGCUGGCCUCAACCUGGAUAUCUGACCGGGAAAGUCCACCCCAUGUGGAUAUUAAGGGUGAAGAACAGAGUCUACUUCUUGGGUGAUGAGUGCCAGUCCGGAGGGGCAUCAUACCAGCCUGAUGUUUUAGAUCCCACAAAUUUGGAACGUGGAGAAUUUUUAAGAAGAAGAAGAAGUCCAGAAGAUAAAGAGAGAAGAGUUGCACAGUAUUGGUGUUUGUCUCUACUUUCGAGCACCUCUUCUCCCUCACACCUCGCCCCUUCGCCAUCCUUCCAUGUGACACUUUCUCACAUCCCUCCUCCCUUCCCUUACUCUCCCCGUUUUUUCAUCCCUGAUGUCUCCUGCUCCCUCUCUUCUCCCUCCCUCCUGUCUCCUUCUCUCUCAGCUGCUGGAGCUGGAACGUCUCAGUGCCCUGGAAGGAGACGCACAUACAUUUCAGCAGGACUGCAGUGAGGUAGCUGUGGUGCCCUGCAUCUGUCUCCUUCCUUCGCCCUCCCUUCCCCUCGCCCCCAUCACAAGUCACUCUGUGAUUUGCAGUGGAUACCAGGAGCCAUACUGGAGAGAGGGGGGUCUCCCUGACACUUGACUGGAGCAUAAUACUCCCAACAUAUUAAACAAGAGGCUAAGAAUCUUCAGGAUGGAUGAGAUGAAGGUAAAAGGCUGGGGGUCCAACACCGACCAUGGUGGGAAAAAUUCCAAGAAGAUGCCACGCUUUUUACUGCAAGCUCAAUAAGGAUCCUCCUGGUCCUGUCCCCCAGCAUCCUGCAGCAAAGCCUGGGAAGGAGUCACCUAUCAGAAGAGAGACUCCCUGUAAAGGGUUGGACCAAAACGGAUUCCAACUCUCCACUUGACAUUACCAAGGCAGACAGAUUUGCCGUUUUUAUGGUACAGUAAACAUCAGAAUACCGUAAAGAGGCUCAAUGACGGUUUCCAGCCAUGCAAUGUUCUUGGAAGGCUGUCCUCUUACUAGCGCUAGCCUCCAUUGCCAUUCAGUACACAGCCAUCCGGACCUUUACCACCAAAUCCUUUCACAUGUGCCCAAUCCCCAAUCCAAAUAAUUGUAGCCCUGGACAAGACCCAACCGAAUCUCCUGAUCGCCUCUGUGAAGAUGGUCAGUUGAUAACCUCUAAUGUUUCGAGAAAAACUCAUAUCCUAAUCUUGGCUACUACUCGCAGUGGAUCUUCCUUUGUAGGACAGCUCUUUAAUCAACACACAGAUGUUUUCUAUUUGUUCGAGCCACUUUACCAUGUUCAGUAUACCCUGAUACCCAAAAUGACUCCUAGCAAGAGCGCCACCGAUCGGCGAGUGAUGUUGGGCGCAAGUAGAGACCUUUUAAGAAGUCUUUAUGACUGUGACUUGUAUUUUAUGGAGAACUACAUAAAGCCACAACCAAUCAACCAUACCACAGACAGGUUAUUCAGAAGAGGGGCCAGCAAAGCUCUGUGCUCUCCCCCAGUCUGUGAUGCACUGGGACCCACCGAUAUUUACCUAGAAGAGGGAGACUGUGUUAAGAAAUGUGGAAGCCUAAACCUGACUCUGGCAAUGGAAUCUUGUAAAGAGCAUGGACAUGUGGCCAUCAAAACAGUGCGUGUUCCAGAGGUUAAUGACUUACGAGCACUGGUGGAAGAUCCCAGGCUGAACUUAAAGGUGAUCCAGUUGGUAAGAGACCCAAGAGGUAUAUUAGCUUCUCGUAGUGAGACAUUCAGGGACACCUAUAGGUUGUGGAGGAUCUGGAGGGCCACUGGUCGUAGACCGUACAAUUUAGACUCAACCCAGCUGACAACGGUCUGUGAGGACUUCUUAAAUUCUGUGUCUACAGGGUUAAGCCGGCCACUCUGGUUAAAGGGGCGAUACAUGCUCUUGAGAUAUGAAGAUCUGGCCCGAAACCCCAUGAAAAAGAUGGAGGAGAUCUAUGACUUUGUGGGUAUUCCAUUGGAUGCCAAUGUCGAAAGAUGGAUCCUGAAUAACACCCGAGGAGACCAAUCCUCUGCCAGACACAAAUAUGGCACGGUAAGAAACUCUGCCGCCACAGCCGAAAGCUGGAGACUAACAUUAUCCUACGACAUUGUAGAAUUCACCCAGAACGCCUGUCGACAAGUACUGGUCCAACUGGGUUACAAAACUGUGAGUUCUUCCCAGGACUUGAGAAACCUUUCCUACAGCCUCAUUGAGGACAGAUCCUUUGCCCCUUUUUUGUGAUGGUUAGUUUAAGGGUAACUAAAGACUGAAGACAUUACCAACAACUGAGAGAAUAAUGUUGGAAAGUAUAUUUUUAUAAGAG